GAAGGUGCAGAAGACAUUUCCUGUCUUCCCAGAAAGGAAAGAGAUGAUUCUGCUGGCUGCAUUCCUGGGUCUGGCUGCUGUGCUGCAGCCAUCCACCGGACAGACUCCAGGUUUAGCUUCUUUGUCAACUGACAACGCAUAUCAACGAAAGGAGAUUGUUGACAAGCACAAUGCCUUAAGAAGAGGGGUGAUGCCAACCGCUAGCAACAUGCUGAGGAUGGAAUGGAGUCCUGCAGCUGCAAAGAAUGCCAAGAGUUGGGCAAAUCAAUGUACUUUAUCCCAUAGUCCCCCAAACAGAAGGACAACUACAGUGGGCUGUGGCGAAAAUCUCUACAUGUCAACUGCUCCCAAAUCCUGGUCAGAUGCAAUUCAAGCCUGGUACAAUGAGGUGGGAAAUUUCAUAUAUGGCAUUGGGUCAACCACACCAGGUGCAGCGAUUGGCCAUUAUACUCAGGUGGUUUGGUACAAGUCUUACCAGAUUGGUUGUGCAAUUGCCUAUUGUCCUCAGAGAUUUUACAAAUACUACUACGUUUGCCAUUACUGCCCUGCGGGGAAUUACAGAAACACAAUGAACACACCUUACAAAUCAGGGCCAGUGUGUGGAGAUUGCCCUAAUGCUUGUGACAACGGACUAUGCACCAAUCCUUGUAAAUAUGUGGACGAUUACUCAAACUGUCCUAGUUUAAAAGUGUUCCCUGGAUGUACAAACCCCACGAUCAAGGCAAGAUGUGCUGCCUCCUGCCGUUGCACCACUGAAAUAAAAUAACAGUCUCUGAUUCCUCCCUUCAUGGAAAUUCUUCUUUUUAAUGACAGCAUCUUUUAGAAAAUCAGGGUCCCAUCUUGCAGCCCUUAUAUAUGAAACCCUACUGACUUCAAUGGGAUUACUCACCUGAGUAAAGGCUGUAAGAUCUGACCUUUCAUCUCAUGUUUUUUUCUGCUUUAAUUCUUUGUUUUAAAAUGUAGUAGAUUUUUCUUCCUUGCCUGAAAGUCAGCAUUGUACAUGAUAGACUUGUACAAUAUUGAAUGACUGAGAUUCGUCUCUAUCAAUACCAACUUCAUCCUUUACAAAAUACCAUCUAAAGGUCACUUCCUGUCAAGAUAUACUUGUGGUGUCCUUAUUCUGAAAAUAAUCCCAUUGAUACAAUGGGCCAGAGUUCUCCAUCAUCAUUCAUGUUGAGAGCCACCUUACUGCACAAUCAAUGGGAUCAGUAAGUCUAUUAUUGCCAAUGAUUAUCACACAAGGAAGGAAGGAAGGAUUAUGGGAUAGGGAAAUGUUCUCCUAAUACCAAAUAGAGAGCUGUCACCUGAAUUACUU